UGCUAACUGUAGCAUGUAUGGAGGUGAAACUUUGUGCGCAAGUGGAUUACAUCGUUUCUAUGACGACCACAACAACAAAUAGCCUCAGGCACUUUUCUUUAAAAUUACUUCUUCACUCCUCAAACUUGCUAACUGCAGCACACAUGGAGAUGAAACAUGGUAUGCAUAUUAUUUCCAUGACGACAACAGGCAUUUUUUCUCUAUUAUUAAUUUUGAUAGGGGCUUGCCCCCUUCCCCCUUCCACAGAGAUAAUACGUAGUAGUAUUAAAAAAAUGAGUGGAGACAAGUAAAUAAAAAAUCCUGCGGAUUAAAAAAAGAGUGCAUAUAGGGAUCGUAUAAAAAGAAAGGGAGACAAGAUAGGGAUGGUAUUUUUGGAAGCACAGAGAUGGUACCGAGGAGUUAGGACUCCCACAGGUC